CACAAACAAAACAGUGCGUUUUCACUAAAGCAUAUCGCACGCAGAUCUUUAAUUCUAAAUUGAAAAAAAAAAGUAGGUACCUAGUUAAAGGUACCUACCUACUGGAGUGCGCUUUCAUUAGCGAUAUCGCACGUGAUAUAUUGUUUUAAUUUUCGAGAGAGAAAAGAGACCACGUCUGUGAACAGUGCUUUUCCAUAAUAUAUAUCAUAAUCUGGUGCGUUUUGACUAACGAUAUUGUUAAAAUCCGGCUUCAGCAAUUAGAAGUAAAUUUAAAAAUAGCGUUCAAAAUUACCCUUUAUUCUAUUUAUACUUAUAAUUAUUUUAACAUUAACUUGUGAUUUGAACUCGUGCCAUACAAUAAUAUUAGGAUGAGUGCAAUCAUUUUGCGCGUAUCGAUAGUGUUGUGUCUGGGUGUGGUGUUAACAGAUUCGCAAAGUUUGAGAAAGAAGAUUUAUAUGACCGUGCCACAGCUCAUCUCAUCAGCGGGCUAUCCGGUGGAGAAACACAGGGUCAAGACACCAGACGGUUACAUCCUGCAGAUGCACAGGAUUCCAGCUGGACGACGCACGGCCAGAAGAUCAGGGAGUCCAAACGCUAAAGGGAAGAAGGCAGUGCUACUUGUCCAUGGACUCUUGGGCAGCAGUUCAGAUUUUGUGAUCAUGGGUCCCGAAAGAAGUUUAGGUUAUAUUCUAGCCGACGCAGGCUACGAUGUAUGGAUAGGAAACCUGAGAGGCAAUGUACAUACUGCUCAUCAGACAUUGAAGAGAACUAAUCCAGAGUUCUGGUCGUACAGCUUCCACGAGCAUGGAAAACAUGAUGCCCCGGCCAUGAUCGACAAGGUGCUCAACGUGACCGGCCUGGACCGGCUCAUGUACAUCGGCUACUCCAUGGGCACCACCACUUUUUUCACGAUGAUGUCCCAGAGGCCCGAGUACAAUGACAAAGUCAUCGCCUUCGUCGGUCUCGCUCCUGCCGUGUAUUUAGACAACAUCAGGUUCUUGGCCAACUUCCUUUUGAAAACCGUUAACUUGCCUAACACGUUGCGAACAAGGGGCAUGCUCUCCGUAGCCUUCGAGCCUUCCACCAUGGAGUUCAUCGUGAGCAGUUUCUGUUCGAUACGAAACCCAGACGCCGAUAUGUGCAUGAGGGUCAUAUUCUCCAUCGUUGGCGAGGACUAUGAGCAGAAUGAUUGGGAUAUAACGCCAGUGAUACUAGCUAGAUUCCAGCCGGCGUCUUGGAAGCAACUGGAGCACUUUGGAAAAAUUGCCAUAACAGGAGUUUUCACAUCCUGGGAAGAUGGUCUAUGGGGUGCUGUGAAGCCGUACAACUUAUCCAGAGUGGCUGUGCCCGUCUCCCUGUUCUACGGGGAGAAUGACCAGUUGACUGAGAAAUCUCAAGUCCAACGCCUAGCAACCGAGUUAAAUAGCACCGGAGUGCUGGAGUCCCUUGAACCUGGCUGUUCCUGGCCCAAGUUCAACCACCUGGACUUUGUGUUCGCCAAGGAUGUGGGAAACCUGCUAAACCGGCCACUUGUGAAGCACAUAAAUAUGUUGUUUAAAAAAUAUGACAAAGAUUAA